AUGCCCACGGCAGGACUAUACUCGAAGCUGCAAACAGACGAAGGCUACAAACUGCUUGUUCUCAAUGACGAGUUGUUAGCUGCACUCGAGGCGAAUGGUAGACUUAAAUUUAAGGCCCCAAAUGUGGACGGCUCUGUCGUUCUCUGCUCAACUGACAAGACGUGGCUCCUUAAACAGAAAAACCACUCCAACACUGCUCUAAUCAUGAAAGAAUUUGUACCGGAAGAUAUAGCUGAGAAAAGCAUUCAACUUCCGGCGGGAGUUGAAGAGCCCUCAGUCAACCAUCUCGCAUAUACCAAACAGAGUAGCGAGCUAGAAGCACGCUUGGUCAAGGGUGAGAUUGACAUAAGUAUGCUGCCAAUUUACACAGGAGAUGUCAAAAGCUUUAAGGAAUUUUUGCAGCAGUCCGAAGGGCAUCAAUUGACCGUUGAGGAGCUUGAGAACAACUCCCCAUGCUCGAAACAAGAAUUUUCGGUAAAAUGGCCUAUUUUAGGUGGCUGUGCCGUGGAAGGAAUAGCUUGCCUUCUUUCGCAAGAGUUUAUCUCGAAGGUCCUUCAUAUUCUGUUAAUGAGUUGUAUGGCAGAAACGCUGGAUUUUGAGGCAUUGGAUGUGUCGAAAGUUUUCGCCGCAGUCAAUAAAGACAUGGGCGAAGGCGAAGAAUUCAAUCCUUUCAGCUUAGAGGUUGUGCGCACAGUAAUAGGAAAAUUCUCCAAAGUGGACGAACAGGGGAAAUUUACGCUGCAAGUAAAAGCGGUCAGCCAAUGGUAUGGAAUAGAAGCACUUAGGAAGUUUGCUUCUCGCACUAUCAUACCGCAAGAAGAGUUCAUGAUCAAAUGGAAAGCUCUCUUCCCUCCAUAUUUCAAAUGCGAUCUGGAUUUUGCGGCAUUACGAGGAUAUUUUUACCGUCCUUUGGGCACCAACAUACAAUACUUCUCGAAACAGUCGCUCCCUGACGACCCUAAAGGAAGAUUUGCGUACCUCUUCAAGUUGCAAUCAACUUGGGAUUUGAAUGAAAUGAUACCGUAUAUCGAGCAACUGAACACCACGGGUGUAAAAAUCGACAAUUUUGUUAUGAAAUACGCGAGACGAAAGAGACAAGGGAAGCUCACGCUAGUCAGCGCACGAUGA